GGGUAAGGAUUCUGCUGCGGCAGAGAAGAGAAGGAAAAAAAAAAUUCCCAACAAAUUCUGCGGCAAAAGAGAGGGGGGAGAGAGAGAGAGAACAAAGACGCAGUCGCGCACGAUCUCCAGACUAGAGACGAACUGCCGGGCCACGAUCUCAACACAGAUCGAUGCACAAGACGACGUGGGAGAAAAUCGGUGUACAAAUGGAUGCAUCAGGACUCAUCCCUCUUCCAACUUACAGUUCAUACGAAAAUAAGAUACACAGAAAGAAAGAAGAGCAGAGCACAAUCAAACCCAGCAGGAGGAGAAAGAGAAAGAAACAAAUCGGGUGACGGUUUGCAGACUUGCUAAUUGCCAUUGGGUCAUUUCAGAUUUUGGGUUUUGUUUUGCUCAAGUAGAAGACGAAUCCACUAUUGCAGACUUGAUAAUUCCCAUUGGGUAAUUUUCAAAUUACGUUUUUCAGAUUCAAUUUGUUAUCUUCUCGGGUUUUCUAUAAUCCAAUCCACGGGUUUUCUAUAAUAUCAAAGUAUGUUCUGCCAUCAAGGAUCAAACCCACCCAGGAGGAUAGGUUUGGUCCUGCCGAAUUGUCCUUAUUUGUGAUGUUAUGUUUUUUGAAAGUUUGUAGAUUCACUUGAAGUUGGCAUUGGGUAAAUUUUGAAGUUUGGUUUUCAUUAGAGACUUCCAGUCGAAUGAUCAUUCUGUUUAUGUUUCGCUUUUUUUUUCCUUUUGGAAUUUCCUAACUGAUUUUUUUAAUGUGGUUUAUGUUUUAUGACACUUUAGAGGAACCUACCAGAUUCAAUGACAGAUAGGGACAGUGUCAUGUUGUUCAGAAUGACUUAUAUAUGUUUCAUUCAUUGCAAGAAAGCAUGAAUAGUUAUGGUUCCAGGUAAUCUAAUCCCUCUGUUCUUCUCGAUUGAACUCAUUUGGUUUCCCAAUUGCACAGUUCUUUUUAUUUUUAAUUUAAUUCUCUUUUUUCAUGUCGAGGGGAUAAUGUAUGCAUAAUCUUUUUGUUCAUUAGAUUGUUUUUUGCAGAAAGAAUUUUUAUUCUUCUUCUUUGUUUACUCUGAUUGGGGUUAGUAAUUGAUGAUACUAUGACUGUGUGCGAUGAUUUUAGCAUUUUUUUCUGGGUCUUCUUUUUAUUUGGUUCCUGAACAGGGUAGUCGUCUAAAAUCCUAUCCAGGAAGAAAACAAGGAAAGGGCAGUGGCUAUCUAAAGUUGGGAUUCCAUGGUGUAUCUGCUAAGAGCUUCCAGCAAAAUUGGUUAGGUUCUUCAUUUUUUGUGUUAGAUAUGAAUUAGGACUGCAACUAAUAAUUGUGUUUGAAUAUAUUAUUCGUAGAUAUCGAUGUUGGUCUUCCUUUCAAUUUGUUUACUGUUUUGGUAGUGAUUCUGAUGUUCCUUUGGCUUUCCCAUUCAUAUUUUUACGUUUACACAUUCAUGUCAUAUUGAUAUUGCUGAUUUUUCCUCUUGGUUAGAGAUAGAUCUCACUAAAGUUCUUGAUUGGCCGUUUUUUCAUUUUGAUUUGUUUCUACCUCCUCAUGGUCUGGUAACAAUUCUCUCCCUGGAUUUAUGUUUUACAGAUUAUUAGAUUGAGGUUAAGGAAAAUAAUCUCAGUGGUCAAGGAAAACAAUCACAUUAUUUGGGUUUGCAUUAUCAAGAUGUGAUGUUAUGUUUUUUGAAAGUUUAGAGGAACCUCACAGAUCAGCAUUAGCAAGUUUUUUGUACUUGGUUGAUGCAACAUGUGAGAUCUUGCUUAUGCUUCUCUCCAGUUGAUGGUGUCUCAUAAAACGAAAGUUAAUGACAAGUAAACACCAAAAGACUGGGCAACUCGACAGUUAAAUCAGGUCAUGUUGGGUUCACAUACCACUAUGUCUAACUGAGGUUCACAUACUAGACCGAGUCAGGUUCACAGAGACGAAUCAGGGGCAACCCAGACUGUGGAUGCUUCAAGAACAGGCACGACACAAAUGGAUCAUAGAGAGCGUGCACAUGCUAGCCAUCAGGAAUGGAGACAAUCGAUGAGUUCUACACAACAUGAAGCCUAUUUGGCACGGCGGCGAGCUCAUGCUAGGGGAAAGCGACUAGCCGUGGAAAAUGUAAGUGACCAUGAACAAGAGGCGGGCCCAAGUAAUAGGAAUAGGCUAGCUCCAGUACACUCCGACAACGAGAGCAUAAGUUCAAGAGUCUCAUCCUAUUCCCAAAACCAUGACCAAGAUGCUACAAGGGUGCGCUUGACCCACAUAAGACAAUUAGCCCGUUCGACUACGUCUCGACUAAACAAUGUGGUUAUUCAGAAUUCUGUGCCUUACGAGAUGCCUAAUGUCACAAUGAAUAAUCACGAUGAGGACCACAAUAACAACGAGCAUAUGGUGAAUAAUCAUGAGGAUCAGAACAACAACACUGAGCUAGAGAAUAACCCACAGGAUCAGCGCAGCAGCAGUGUUGACGCAGUGCGGCGUACAAGGAGAGCAGUAGUAAAUUGCAACUGCGCUAGAGAUUUUAAUGAGGGAUGGGGUGUCCCAUUUUGUCGAUUGCCUGCACUAAGAACAUGUCCAUACUGCAAUGCACGGUUAUUUCAUCGAGAGACCUUCAAUUUGUGUUGUUCGAAAGGAAAUAUUGUUCUGCCUCUAAUACCCUCUCCGCCAGAGAUGAUCCAGCUCUUUUCUGACCAAACAGAUGUGGGUAGAAAAUUCAGACAAAAUAUCCGAGCCUAUAAUAAUGUGUUUGCGUUCACUUCAAUGGGUGUGCAUGUUGAUGAAUCCAUUAAUCUUCAAGGUCGUGGAAUUUAUACUUUUCGUGCACAAGGUUCUAUAUAUCAUAAGAUUGGUGGGCUUUUACCAAGUGAAGGGGCGAGACCACGAUAUCUACAAGCUUACAUAUAUGACACCGAGCAUGAACUUGACAAUCGAUUGUCUGAAAGUGUAGUUUUAGACAGGGCACUGGUUGAAAAGAUACAACAGAUAUUGAAUCACUAUAAUCCAUUUGUCCAUCAAUUUCGAAGCCUCGGACAGCGCCAAGACUUGCCCAAUUGCAGGCUCAUCAUAAGAGAGCAGCCUUCUAAUCAACGUCAGUAUUGUUUACCAUCUACAUCACAAGUUGCUGCUAUUAUAGUAGGAGGGGGCGACAUCAAUCCGAAUGGAAGAGAUUUAAUUGUCCAAACAAUUAGUGGAAGACUCUGGAAUGUUAAAGACUCGGUCGGAUAUUACGACCCCAUGCAGUAUCCUUUGUUAUUACCUUAUGGAACAUAUGGGUGGGAUAUUAAUAGUCAUGAUGAGAAUGGAAGACCUAUGUCAUGUUGCGACUACUAUGCAUAUAUGUUACAGAUGCGCCCAGGUGAUGAAAAUCCUCUACUUCGAGGCGGACGGCUCUUACAACAGUAUGUUGUAGAUAAUUACGUGAAAAUUGAAUCCCAAAAACUCAGAUGGCUUCGCAGUAACCAAGAUACAAUUAGGAAAGAAUUUUAUCAAGGACUUCAAGACUCUUUUAUUGCAGGGGAAAACAAUGCAGGUAACGUCGGUCAUAGGACAAUUCUGCCAUCAUCAUUUGUUGGAAGUCCACGUGAUAUGUACCAACGGUACCAAGAUGCGAUGGCUUUGGUUCAAAAGUAUGGCAGACCAGAUUUGUUUAUCACUAUGACGUGUAACCCGAAUUGGGAAGAAAUUAAAAGUGAGCUACUCCCUGGACAAACAUCACAAGAUCGUCCAGAUUUAGAGGUCAGGGUAUUUCGUUCAAAACUUGAGCAGCUAAAAGAAGACAUCAUCACCAAAGGGGUAUUGGGAAGAGUUAUUGCUCAUGCUUUUGUCGUUGAAUUUCAGAAACGGGGCCUACCACAUGUACACAUGCUGGUCAUAUUGGAUGAAAAUGAUAAGCUUAAUAACCCUGAAGAUUAUGACCGCAUUGUUAGAGCAGAAAUACCAGAUAAAGAUGAAGAGCCUCAACUUUAUGAUCUGGUGUUGAAACAUAUGAUUCACGGUCCAUGUGGAACCUUAAACCAACAGUCUUCAUGUAUGAAGAAUGGGAGAUGCAAUAAAAGUUAUCCAAAAUCAUUUGUAAAUUUCACUGUGCAAGGAAACGAUGCAUAUCCUAUAUAUCGAAGACGAGCAAGUCGCUUACCAGUCCCUCUACGUAGAUCUAGAGACACAAUGGUGGAUAAUAGUUGGGUUGUUCCUUAUAACCCGUGGUUGUUGCUACGGUAUGAUUGUCACAUCAAUGUUGAAAUAUGUGGGAGCAUAAAGAGUGUCAAAUACUUAUAUAAGUAUGACUACAAAGGUCCUGAUAGAGUUGCAGUUCAAGUGCAAUCUGACCCAGAGUUCGAUGAAAUAAGACAAUUUGUCGAUGCAAGGUGGGUUUGUGCACCAGAGGCUUUAUGGAGGAUAUUUAAAUUUGUAAUGAAUAGAAUAUAUCCAACAGUCGACAGAUUACAAAUACAUCUUCCAAACAUGCAACAAAUCAGAUUCGAUGCAAAUGAGACUGUAGAAGUCAUUCUAACAGAUGAGCAUGCACAGAAGUCUAUGCUUACUGAAUAUUUCACCAUGAACCGUAUGGAUCCGGAAGCAAGACGAUAUCUGUAUCGAGAAUUCCCUCAAUACUAUAGGAACAACUACAAGGUAAUUGGAAGAAUAUACAGUGUUUCACCCUCUGAAGGUGAGAAAUUUUACCUACGUGUCCUUCUCAAUCAUAUAAGAGGACCGAGAUCAUUUCGUGAUUUGCUUACUAUUAAUGGAGUUCUGCAAACUACUUUUAAGGAAGCGGCAGAGAAACGAGGUUUGCUGGAAGAUGACAAUAGCAUCCGACAAUGUCUGUUAGAGGCCUCUGCAAUUAGAAUGCCAUCAGCUUUGAGAAGAUUAUUCGUCACAAUUUUGGUGUAUAGUCAACCAACUGGUGUUCGAAGAUUGUGGGAUGAAUUUUAUCCUUUCAUGAUUGAAGAUUAUUCUUCUUCAAGUGAUAUUGUCGAUGUUUCUGUCAGAAACAGGCUACUUCGAGAUCUAAAUAGAAUGCUAGAACAAUUUAAUAAGGGCACUGGAGAAUUUGAUCUGCCUGAAAUGACAAGUGAGCCAGAAGAUAGUCUAGGAAUACCGAGAUGUAUUGAAGACGAAAUUUCUAUAAAUAUCCCGCAAGAAGAUAUUGAUGCAAUUGACCACCUUAACAACGACCAAAUGAUUGCAUUCAACACCAUAAUGGCCGCAGUUGAGGGAAGAGAAAGUGCAUUAUUUUUUAUCGAUGGUCCUGGAGGUACUGGGAAGACGUACUUAUAUCGUGCAUUGCUAGCAAAGUUGAGAAGAAUGAAUCAUAUAGUCUUAGCCACAGCAUCAUCUGGAAUUGCUGCAAAUUUAUUGUCCGGCGGGAGGACAGCUCACUCUAGAUUCAAGAUUCCACUCAAUGUAGAUGCAUCAUCCAUGUGUUCCAUAAGUAAACAGUCUGCUCUAGCACGACUGAUACAAGAUUCCACUGCAAUUAUUUGGGAUGAGGCACCUAUGACACAUCGACAUGUGUUUGAAGCACUUGAUCGAACAUUUCGAGACAUAAUGGAUGUCGAAUUACCGUUUGGUGGAAAGAUAAUGAUUUUUGGGGGAGAUUUUCGUCAAGUUCUCCCUGUUAUUCCUAAAGGAACGAAGUCUGAACUCAUUCAAGCCUCCAUUGUGAAAGCAACAUUUUGGGCACAAACAAAGAUAUUGAGAUUGAGACAGAAUAUGAGAUCCAUAAAUGACCACCAAUUUGCAGAAUUUCUACUUCGUGUUGGCGAUGGAAGUGAACAAGUCAUUGACGACGAAAUGAUGAGAUUACCAGAACGCAUGGUGGUUCCAUGGGAAAGUGACCAAUCUAUCAAUCAAAUUAUUGAUGAAGUUUUCCCCAAUUUGGGUGAUCAUGUAAAUGAUGCAAGAUACAUGGUGGACAGAGCAUUGAUUACUCCUAUAAACGAUGAUGUGGACGUGUUGAAUGAAAAGAUAAUCAAUAUGUUUCCGGGUGAAGAAAUUACAUUGUACUCAUUUGACUCUGUUGAAGAUGACAUGAGAAAUUUGUACCAACCAGAGUUUCUGAACUCAAUAACCGCAGGUGGGCUGCCACCCCACAAGUUAACUUUGAAAGUAGGUGCUCCAAUCAUGCUUUUAAGGAAUAUUGACCCUAAAUUGGGAUUGUGUAACGGUACUAGAUUGUUGUGUCGUGGUUCGUACCAAAAUCUGAUUGAUGCUAAGAUACUAACAGGACAGUUUGCUGGGACUAGAGUUUUUCUACCUAGAAUUCCUUUGAAAAGUGCAGAAAAUGCUGGGCUACCAUUUCAACUAACAAGAAAGCAAUUUCCAGUCAAACUGAGCUUCUCUUUGACCAUAAACAAAUCUCAAGGUCAGACUAUCCCACAUGUAGGUGUUUACCUCCCAGAUCAUGUUUUUAGUCAUGGACAAUUAUAUGUUGCAUUGUCGAGAGGAGUAUCAGAGUCAACCACAAAAGUUUUGGUUAAAAAAGGAUCCAUAGUUGGUGAAGAUGGCGUAUUUACGAAGAAUGUAGUAUUUAAAGAAGUUUUGCUUCAUUCAAACACAAAUGAUCGAUCGUCUUCAUAGGAAUGGUUGAGACAGAAGCUUUAGGAGAUGUGUUUCCAUAUUUUCAUGUGGUUGGUGCAUGAAAACAAUCAAUAAAAAUGAACACUUCUUAUCUCAGUAAACUUAUUUUCAAAGAGUGGAACAAAAAGAAGCAUACAGAGUAUGUUCUCUUAAGCUUUGUUUCUUUUCCAUUAAAUAUAUUUUUAUUUUUGUGGUAGUUAAUCAAUUCCAAUACUCUUAAUCUA